CCUAACCUCUGCACGAAUCUUUCUUUCCUUCGUAUUCUUUCUUCCCCUUUCUUUCUUUCGCCGGUGCUUAGCAACCUUAGCUAUCUUCUCCUCUCUUUUUUUUUUCUUUUCAGUUCUUACAUAUCUUCCUAAAAUUAUUUGUCCUUUUUUUUUCAUCGCUUGAAAAGAAGUCACUUGAAAAGAAGGCCAGGACAUCUCAUAUCGCAGAUUUGCUUAUUAGAUCAUAAUGGCACCUAAACGAUCAGAAGAUUAUGGUUGGCAACAUGGACAAAUGAUUGAUACGAAUAGGUUUCAUUGGAAGUGCAAUUAUUGUAAUAUGGUCGGAAUGGGCGGAGGUGCCACUCGCCUAAAGAAACAUAUUGCUGGGGGUUUUUCUGAAGUAUCAAACUGCCCUAAAAUCCCUCAGGAAAUAAGACAUGCAAUGAAAAUUGAGUUAGAAUCUUCAAAAUUAGCAAAAAAGAAAGUAAGAGAUGAUCGAGAUGAACUAGAUAAACGAGCGGCAGAAUAUCCCCCUAUUGACCCAUAUGAAGGUAUAGGUGAUCAAUUAGAUGCUGAUACUAGAGCUGCCGUGGAAGCAUCUGCACAAGAAAGAUGGCAGCAAGAUGAAGUCCAACGACAUAGAGCACAAUUUGGACGGUCUCAGUUUGAUGCCGAUGGUGGGUCUGGGUCUGGGUCUGCACAAUCUGGUUUAGCUCGCAGUGGUUCUGUUAGCCGUUUGUUCGACAGAUUUAAAAAAAGACCAAAAGAAAAAAGUGGAAGACAUCCAAAUAUUAUAGAUAUAGACCCAAUGGCCAUUCCACACUCAGAUGCUCAACAGCAACGUAUAGAUACAAUGUUAAAAAAAGAUAAAAAAUGUAGAAUUGGUAGAGCUAUAGCAAAGUUUUUUCACUUUAGUCAUAUUCCUUCCCAUGCAGCAAGUACUCCAUAUUAUAGAUCAAUGAUUUCUACCAUACAAAAAGAGGGUCAAGGAGUUGAACCUCCAACACCGUAUGAGCUCUCUAACAAAUAUCUUGACGCCGAGGUCAAUGAUAUUCAUGAAUGGGUAAAAAACUUAAAACAACUGUGGGAGAUGUAUGGUGUGACAUUGAUGUGUGAUAGUUGGACAGGACCAACAAAAAUGAGCAUUGUAAAUUUUUUAAUUUAUUGUAAUGGCAAGGUGAUAUUUCACAAAUCAAUCGAUGCAACCGGUCGAUUUGAAGAUGCUGACUAUAUAUAUGCAUUAUUGGAACAAGUUUUACGUGAGGUUGGUGAGAAAUGUGUGGUACAAGUUAUAUCGGACAAUGGUGCAAAUUUUAAGAAAGCUGGCAAACUAUUAAUGCAAAGGCAUCCCCAUUUAUUUUGGACUCCUUGUGCAGCGCAUUGCAUCAACCUAAUGAUGUCUGACUUUGGUGAGAUAAAUCGGGUGAAAAAAACUGUACAUUCUGCACAACGUAUAUCUAAGUACUUGUAUAAUCAUCUUUGGGUCCAUGCUUUAAUGGUUAGGGGUGGAACUGGGCCGGGCUUGGGUCGGGUAAUACUAUGCCCAAGCCCGGCCCAAAAAAAAAUGUUGGGCUUCGGGUCGGGCUUUUACCCAAUUUUAUUUAAAAAUUAAGGCCCGGCC